UGACUACAUCCACGUUCCCGGAUGUUGUGUGAGCGUGUAAGAUGGCGUCCGCAGUAAAGGCUGUUAUGACUUUUUAUUUUAAAAUACACUUGGUUUGGUAAACUUUUAUAAGGGAAGACUGGAAUUAGUGAUGUGUCUGGAAGAAUAAUGGUCUCGGCGAGUGUCUUCAUCGGGGACAAAAGACUGCGCGCUGUUCUGGAGAACAUAUUUUGCUGCAGAAAAUUUCCCUUUAGGAAUCUGAGCUCGGUAAACCUUGAGGGUUGUAACACAUUCUGACCGGAGAGGCUGAGAAUGGCUUCCGAUGGCCGGCCGGACUGCAGCUGCUGCUCCCACGGCUCCGCGGCUCCACACAGCGUCCAGCAGACCCUGGACGAGAUGGACUUUGAGAGAGGUAUCUGGUCAGCAGCAGUGGACGGAGACCUGGACAGAGUGAGGACUUUCCUCCUCAAGGGGACAGACCCAAACACAGUGGACAGAGCAGGAUACACUGCCCUGCACUAUGCGAGUCGUGCUGGCUGUCUGGCCGUGUGUGAGCUGCUGCUGGAACACGGAGCCUGUGCCAACUCCCAGACGAGGGGCGGAGCCACCCCCCUGCACCGCGCCGCCUACAGAGGGCACCUGGGCGUGGUCAGAUUGCUGCUGUCACAAGGGGCGGAGCCAGGCACCUGUGACGAUGACGGCUCCACCCCUUUACACAAGGCUGCGGGGCAGGGGCGGGUGGAGGUGUGCGAGGUGUUGCUCCAGCGCUGUCCCGAACUUCGAAACCUGCAGGACAAGAGGACCAGGACACCCUGGGAGCUAGCGGAAGACCGCGAGGGACUGCGAGACCUGCUCAAACCACACAGCGAGCAAGCAGACACCCAGCCUCUCCGUGCUGCACUGUCUCCUGACUGAGCUGCAAUGUGUCCUGUGGACACCAGAGGGAGCCAUAAUCACGCUGCACGGGCUUAUUUCAUUUCCAUAAAUGACCUGCAGAUGGCAGCAAAGUCUGAAAGAAUGAACAUAACACAGUAAGACGUUCUCAAAGCAGAAGUACUGUCCCUUUUUACAGUCAUUGAGAGAUUCUUAUGGGAAAUAGUCAAUUACUGCUUUCUGUGAACGUGCUUUUAACUUGGAUCAGGAGCUGUUGUUCUGUUCUAGUUCCCUGCUAUAGACAAGUGUAACACAGGCUAGACCAGCCAGUCUUAAUCCCCUAUUGUACCAUGUGAAUGUUCCUGUCUAUGUAUCCAUUUUAUAAUGCAUGCAUAUAUAUAUAUAUAUAUUCAGAGUUAUGGCAUGGCAACUUCUCAAACUCCACAGAGUUCACUCAAACUGUGAUCUGUGACACUGGAUCAAAUUUCUUUUUGUACUGCUGGCAAUAAAUUGCUUAAGACAAAAAACACACACACACCAACCACAUCUGGAUAAUUGCAAUAAGAACCAUUUAGAAUGAUUUGAGAAAAUAAUUCAGAAGAUUGUAAUUAGAAGAAAGUUUCCUUUGUUUAGCUGAUUCCUCCCAUAGGAGCGCCGUGUGGCAGGAAGGUUCUGGUUUAUAUUGGGACUGCAGCCGCCCGCAACAGCAAAAUAAAUAACCAGCAGAAACGCUUAAACUGUACUGUUAAUGAUGUUUAAAAUGUUAUUGCUGUGAGUGUCUGCAGCCAAUUAAAAAAAAAUCCCCCAGUAGAAAUACUC